AUGAAGGCCACUUGGAAUGAUAGUGAUAGUGACUCCGAUCAUGAGGAGACCAAAGAAGUAGCAAACCAUUGUUUCAUGGCAUUAGAGGAAGAUAAUGACGUAAACUCUAUGUCAUGUGAUGAAAAUGAAUAUUUAUUAGAUGAAAUUUAUGAUGGCAUGCAUGAACUACAUAAUGAUUUACUCACUAUUAUAAAGGAAUAUAAAGAUCUCAAGAACAAUCUUGUUGGUGUUUCUAAAGAGAAUGACACUUUGAAAAUUGAGAAUGAAAAACUCAAG